CCGGCCCGGUCAGGCGGGCCUCGCCGUUGUCCGCUCCGAGAAGCCCGCUGCGGCAAGCGGCAAGCCCCCGGCCAAGGCUGCGGCCUUCCCCCCCGCCCCCGGGAGCCACUCGAGCGGGGAGCGGCGGGCGCGAUGGCCCGGCUGCCCGUUCUUUGUCAUGUCAAGGGGGCGGUGGCCCUGCAGGUAGGCGAUGUGAAGACGGAGCAGGGGCGGCCGGGCGUCGUGGUCCUGGACGUCACCUUUCCCCACGCCGGCCCCGUCAAUUUGCAGGAAAUCACAUUUAAGAAUUACUACACGGCCUUCCUGAGCGUGCGGGUGCUGAAGCGUGGCUCCUUAUCCCACUGUCCUCCUAAAUGGUUCACCUGUUUGAGAGAUUACAGUUUAAUGCCCAACCCCCACACGGAGGAAGGGGCCCAGGACUACAUAUCUGUGUUCAAGCAUCAGAUGCUGUGCAACGUAGAUAAGGUGUUGGAACUCCGCCUGAUCCUGCGGCAGCCGUCCCCUCUAUGGUUGACCUUUACACUGGAUGACCUACGCAUCUACCAGCGAGGACAGCAGAGCCCACGUGUGUCAUUUCCUGCAUGGCUGUCUCAUCCUGUCGCCUUUGAGAAAACAGCCUUCCUCCCUGAGGAUCUCCCAGACCCCAACAAGGUCUCUUCCGAAGUGCAACAGAUGUGGGUACUGACCGAGAUGAUCCGAGCCAACCACUCUGUAGCACGCAUUGGACGCUUCGAUGUGGAUGGCUGCUAUGACCUGAACCUGCUCUCCUACACUUGAGCUACCCCGUCUGCUUUGUACCUGGCUUCAGGUCGGAGGCGAAGCCACUCUCCUCUCCUCUUCCUUCAUCCCUGAGGAUUUGAACUGUUUCACUUCUGGACUCAGGCGGGUCGAUAAUCAGAACCUCAGUCAGACACCUCAACUGUCAGACCAGAACUCGACGGGGCCAAUGUAGUGUCUUGAUGGGGCUCUGGGAAAAGUGUCUGGAAUAAAUCAUUGUCCCGAAACAGGAGAAA